AUGUCAUCGUGCAGUGAAGAGAAGGUGUCAAACGGUGGGGACAAAAGGCACGUAGCGGCGCUGAUCCUGGCCCGGGGCGGGAGCAAAGGCAUCCCCCUGAAGAACAUCAAGACCCUGGCUGGCAUCCCGCUGCUGGGCUGGGUGAUCCGGGCUGCGGUGGACUCUGACCUUUUUGACAGUGUUUGGGUGUCGACCGACCACGACGACAUCGAGAAGGUGGGACGUUCUUGGGGAGCUCAGAUCCACCGCAGAUCUGCAGAAGUGUCCAAAGACUCAUCGACCUCCUUGGACACGAUGCAAGAGUUCAUCCGCCUCAACCCAGUGGUGGACAUCGUGUGCCACAUCCAGGCCACGUCUCCGUGCCUGCACCCGUUCCACCUGAAGGAGGCGCUGGAGUACAUCUUGAAGCGCGGCUACGAUUCCGUCUUCUCCGUGGUCAGGAGGCACCACUUCCGCUGGCAGGAAAUCAAGAAAGGAAGCGAGGAGUUGACCCGCCCUCUGAACCUCGACCCGUGUAACCGUCCGCGGCGUCAGGACUGGGACGGGGAGCUGUGUGAGAACGGCUCCUUCUACUUCGGCACCACAAAACUGAUCCGUGAAGGACGGAUACAGGGCGGGAAAGUGGCGUACUAUGAGAUGCUUCCCGAGUACAGUGUGGACAUCGAUGUGGACAUCGACUGGCCCGUGGCUGAGCAGAGGGUCCUCAGGUACGGUUACUUCGGGCGCGACAUUCCGGAGGUGGUGAAGCUGAUGUUCUGUAACGUCUCCGGGUGUCUGACGGACGGACGGAUUUUCCUGAUGGCGUCUGGAGGCGAGAUGAUCUCCAUCAACACCAGGGACACGGCCGGGCUCCGGAUGCUGAAGAAAGAAGGAGUGGAGGUGAUCUUGUUGACCUCCACGCUGGACCCGGUGGCCCAGGCUCUGUCCCAGACCAUGAGUGAACAUCUGGGCUGCGCGGUGCUGCCUGUGGGGGACAAACCUCUGAUGGACCUGGAGCCUCUGGUGAAGAAGCGAGAGCUCAACUGGAAGGACGUGGCCUACAUGGGAUGUGAUGAGACGGACGUGGAGUGCCUGAACGUGGCGGGUUUGAGCGCCGUGCCCGCGGACUCGCCCGUCGUGGCCAUGAACGGAGCCAAGUACAUCUGCAAAAGUGUCGCCGGAAAAGGAGCCGUGCGCGAGUUCAGCGAACACAUCAGACUGCAAAAACGAAAAGCCAAAUCUCAACUGGAGCAGGACCGGAUCGACCGAGCCAAGGAGCAAACACAAGAGAGGAUCUUUGGAGCACAGAUCGUGUGA